UGCGCAGGCCCGUGGCGCCGAGUCGACAACUAAUGAUCAGUGCUGCCUUGUCUGUUGCCCGUGUCUAACGCGAACUGUGUUUUUACUAGUGUUUGUUUAGUUUCGACAGUUUACAUAAACCUUGAAGAUGGCUGACAGCCUUAAGAGAAACAUCCCCAUCAAGCUCGGUGACUUUUCAGUCAUCGACACGGAAUUCUCCAGCAUUAGGGAGAGAUUCGACGCUGAAAUGAGGAAGAUGGAAGAAGAGAUGAGCAAAUUCAGAUCGGAACUCAUGAACAGAGAGAGCAACAACUUCUUCAAGAGCACCACAAGCUCCACCACAUCCUCACAGCACAGUGACAGCCGACAGCUGGCCGAGCCCAGCCACUGGGACAGCCUCAACUCGCCCCUCAUCCAGGACGAGGGAGACGGCAAGUCCCUGAAGCUCCGUUUCGACGUCAGCCAGUACACACCUGAGGAAAUCGUCGUUAAGACGGUCGACAAUAAAUUGCUUGUCCACGCGAAACACGAGGAGAAGUCAGACACAAAGUCGGUGUACAGAGAGUACAACAGGGAGUUUCUGCUGCCGAAGGGUACCAAUCCUGAGGCCAUCAAGUCCUCGCUGUCACGAGACGGCGUGCUGACCGUGGAAGCGCCCCUGCCGCAGCUGGCCAUCACCGACAGGAGCAUCCCCAUCCAGAAGCACUGAGUUUCAUCUUAGCCAGCGGUUCAGCUUGAAAGCAGCUAUUCCAUACAUACUGUUAAUUAUUUAUUAUAAUUUACGUAUUAAAAAUUAUUUAAGGAUACGAAAUUUUUAGUUACUUAUGAAUUUUUAGAGAAUCUCUGUUAACACUAUAUCGUGCUUAGCCGGCAUUGCCCGGGGCACAGUUCUCACUGAUAUUGCUUUCACUGUGAUUGUUAGGAGUCUCGCAUUCAUGCAAUGCAUUUUGAAUUGUUCUAUAGAAUUCUGAAGUGUGAUUGUGUAACUUAAAUUAAGCAGUUGUUGUGAACCCCGUAAUUGAUGUAAGGAGCUUAAAAGUGUUCUUUUUACACUGCUAUUUUACCGUAAAAUUCCGACUUUCUUGGUCAAACAUGUAUCUAACUGAUAAAAUUAAUGAAAUAAAAAUAACGUAAGACAACGACGGAAUUAUAAAGUGUCUUUAUACAACAUACAUACAAGUCCAUUUUCUUAACAUUAGACGAUAAGAGCCAUAACAAGCAUGUUUUGAAUACACCAAUUCAAAAGCUUUUAUGAAGUACACGUUUAUAACUUAGUACAAAUACAAACAGUUGUUUAUGAACGUUUUAGAUGUCAAUAAAACAUUUAAAAUAAA